UACCUAUCUAUCAAUUAAUUAUUGAAAAAAAUAUACCGUAUACAUUACAAUAUCCACAGCAAACCGUACGGUACGCAAUUGUGUCUAUCUAGAUCUGAUGUAGAUGAACCUAACCUUAAUUUCAACAACCUUUGCUCUUGUUUCUGCAAUCUCAAAAUUCGAAUUCACACUUUGUUAAUGUUAGAUGAAAGGUCACGAUUGGAUCAACACGUGUCUCCCCGACGAGUUAAUCGUCGAGAUCUUCCGCCGCCUCGACUCCAAAUCAAGCCGCGACUCAUGCUCCCUCGUUUGCAACCGUUGGCUCCGCCUCGAACGGCUCACCCGCUCUUCCAUCCGCAUCGGCGCAACCGGCUCACCUGACCUUUUCGUUCAACUCCUCGCUUCCCGGUUCUCCAACGUCACCGCCGUUCACAUCGACGAACGCCUUUCUAUUUCACUCCCCGUUCAAUUGGGGAGAAGACGGGUCACCGGCGAAAAUUCUCCGGCUUCGUCGUUGAAGCUUCGUUAUGUUAACCAUAAGAAUGGAUCUUCCUCUGAGGAUAGUGAUUUUGAUUCCUUGUGUUUGUCUGAUACUGGAUUAGCUGCUCUUGCUGAUGGGUUUCCCAAGCUUGAGAAGUUGAGGUUAAUUUGGUGUUCUAAUGUUACCAGUCAUGGAUUAUCAUCACUAGCUUGGAAAUGUGUUUAUUUGAAAGCCUUGGACUUGCAGGGUUGUUAUGUUGGAGAUCAAGGCUUGGCUGCUGUUGGACAGUGUUGCAAGCAACUUGAAGAUUUGAAUCUGCGUUUCUGUGAAGGCUUGACUGAUAAGGGUUUGGUUGAAUUAGCUAUAGGUGUGGGGAAAUCAUUAAAAUCUCUUGGUGUAGCGGCUUGUGCCAAAAUAACUGAUAUCUCAAUGGAAGCUGUAGCAUCACACUGUGGAUCGCUUGAGACCUUGUCUUUGGAUUCUGAGUUUAUCCACAAUCAAGGGGUGCUUGCUGUGGCUAAAGGAUGUCCAUAUUUGAAAUCUCUAAAGCUGCAGUGUAUUAAUCUUACAGAUGAUGCUUUGAAAGCUGUAGGCGUUAGUUGUUUGUCUCUGGAGUUAUUGGCUCUAUAUAGUUUUCAGCGAUUUACUGAUAAGGGUUUACGUGCUAUUGGGAAAGGAUGCAAGAAGUUAAAGAAUUUGACUUUAAGUGAUUGCUAUUUCCUAAGUGACAAGGGUCUGGAAGCAAUUGCUAUUGGGUGCAAGGAACUCACUCAUCUCGAAGUCAAUGGAUGUCACAACAUUGGAACUUUGGGACUUGAAUCUGUUGGGAAAUCAUGCCAACAUCUCUCAGAGUUAGCAUUGCUUUACUGCCAAAGAAUUGGUGAUCUUGGGCUUCUUCAGGUUGGAAAGGGAUGUCAAUUCUUGCAAGCUCUUCACUUGGUAGAUUGCUCAAGCAUUGGAGAUGAAGCCAUGUGUGGUAUAGCUGCUGGCUGCACAAAUUUAAAGAAGCUUCAUAUCCGACGUUGUUAUGAGAUUGGCAAUAAGGGGAUCAUUGCUGUUGGGGAUAACUGCAAGUCUCUAACUGAUCUUAGCAUUCGAUUCUGCGAUAGGGUGGGGGAUGGGGCCCUUAUUGCUAUAGCCGAGGGCUGUUCCCUUCAUUAUCUGAACGUAAGUGGCUGCCACCAAAUCGGAGAUGCUGGACUGAUAGCUGUUGCAAGGGGUUCCCCUCAACUCUGUUAUCUCGACGUGAGUGUACUUCAGACAUUGGGCGAUAUGGCUAUGGCCGAGUUGGGAGAAAAUUGUCCAUUACUUAAAGAAAUAGUAAUAUCGCACUGCCGUCAAAUAACAGAUGUCGGUUUAGCGCAUCUUGUAAAAAGCUGCACCCUGCUAGAAUCAUGCCACAUGGUUUAUUGCUCAAGCAUAACUUCAGCUGGAGUGGCCACAGUGGUUUCUAGUUGUCCCAACAUUAAAAAGGUUCUCGUCGAGAAGUGGAAGGUUAGCCAGCGCACCGAGCGCCGGGCAGGCUCUGUCAUAUCCUACUUGUGUGUGGACCUUUAGACUUCCUUUGCUACAUAAUAUACAUGCAUUUCCUCAAGUUUGUUACACUAUGGUGAGUGAAUAUAAAUAAAGUUUCUUGCAUGAUGUGAAAAUGGAUACAAUUGUAGGAUACAUGGCUGUAUAAGUUUUUAUCCCCUUAGUCAAUAAAUAAGGUCUUUCUGGUAAGAAUUGUAAUGCUUUAGCCUCAUGAACACUCUAGAUACCUCGUCAUAGGAGUUCCAAGAGGGUAGGAAACAAUAGGCUUAGUUAAAUAUGUGUUGUAUUGAUAUGUAAAAGAAAAAUUAUUUAAGAACAAUAAAUAUUUGCUUUGAUUUA